GGUGUAGUCAUUAAGUUAUGCAUGUGUGGACACGCUGUUUGGCUUCUUUCUGGCCCAAAUCAGCUGCUUUUGCUGACAUGGAGGCACUUGGUAUGGUGCAGCUGGCGACGCCGGAGAAGGAGCGGAGAGCAUCAUCCAUCGUCGCAGUAGACUUGGUCGGAUUUGAGGGAAGCUGUUCCAUGCCUGCCAUGAGCGCCCUGCGCUUGCCUUGCACUCCGGAAGGUGAUGCGAAGGUGUCAGAGGGCGACAUCAACGACUCUCCCAGGUUGCCUUCAGAUUGGUCGCCUUUGGAGUACGAGUUGUUGGAGUAUGCCGAUUCCUUGCCACUGGGCUUUGCCGAGCGCAUUGCGCGAGAGCUGGAGGGGCAACAGCAGCGGGUGGCGCAGCUCCGGAGCCUCAACAGUUUGAUGCUCCACGUCCUCAGCUGCGAGGCCCCGACCGUGGCUCAGUCGGUGCCUUCCACCCCGGGCCGCGCUCCAGACCCCAUGGCGCCGGAGCUCCGGUCGUGGAAGGCGCCGGCGGUGCCCAAAGCUUGGCAGGAGGCGAAGGCCGCGCAGCCGCGGUGUCCUCGCACGGAAGAGGCAUCCCGACGCUUGGUCUUGGCGUCUGCGUCACGGCAGUUGGAGAUGCAAGUCCUGGAGGUGCGCCGUGCUGCAGAGCAAGAGCUCUUCGAGCUGGCGGGCCGCGCGCGCGUGGCGGAGGACAAGAGCUGGAAGCUCAGAAGGGAGCAGAACAACGAAGAUGCCUUUGGCCGAAAGAAGCUUUGGGAGGCCGAAGCGAAGUUGAAUAAGCAGCAGAACCGCAUCCAGCAGUUGGAGGUCCGACUGCGGAAUCUGAAGCGGAAGACGCAGCAGCGAGACGAGGAGGUGAGGCAGAUCAAAGACUCGAUGGCACAGAUGCAGGCAGAGAUCACCGGCCUGCGUGGCCGACGCAAGGACUUUGAUGCUGCAGAAGAGUUGGAAGAGCAGCUGAGAUCGCAAGUGCGGGAGCUGCGCAGCGGCACUCGUACCUUUGGGAAGGCCGUCGAGCUUCGCCAGGCCUCUCCUUGCCGCACCCACGCGCUGGUGCUGGGCUCCCCCUCACCACUGCGCCGCGCGGGCGACGCCCGGCGCGGCGAGAGAGGUUGAAGUUGCAGACUUUGCAGCGGAGGAGUAAAUAAUGAGAGAUUAAUGAGAAGAAGCAACCUGUUUUGUGGAAAAACUGUUUGUUGUUUGGG